CACAAGGAUAAGUUGGUUUACUGUAUGUAGGAAGGGAAUCAUUUAACUUAAUCACUCACUACCAGUCGUUGCAUUGAUCUAUGCUUGCAUUGUGAGACCUGGGAUAUCAGCAUUACUGUAUUUGUUUUACUUUUAUUAGGACUAGUCUUGCUCAGUGUACCAAGAUGUCUUCGUUGGACUGGAUCAGGAAUCACAAAAUCUGGUUGAGCCUGGUGUUUGUUCGGUUCUGUCUGGUUUUUCUGCCACAGCAAGGGUACAUCCACCCAGAUGAGUUUUUCCAGAGCACAGAAAUUGUAGCAGGGGACAUUCUGAAUGUAUCCGUCGUGCGGACAUGGGAGUUUUCUGUGGGCCUGCGAUCGGUACCACCAAUCUAUUGCCUAACAGGACCAGGGUUUUCUCUGUUGAAGGGAGUUCCGCAGAUGAUGACGUCCUAUUGGGCGGUCGUUCUACCACGACUGAGUGCCUGUAUUUUAAGUCUGGCUGUGGAUGUCGCCGUAUUGUACGUUUGUGACGUGUUUGCCAUUGACAGUACCGUAGCACUGCCUAUACUUGCUUCAUCGUACGUCAUGUUGACAUAUCUAACCAGGCCUUUCUCUAACACUCUGGAAACUGUGACAUUUUGUGUAUUGUUAGUGUUAGUAGCUAAGGUUGUAAAAAACAUACGUCACUCUCAAUCAGAUAGAGCAGAGAAAAAGUCCAAGGAGUUCAAAGUAUUACCAAAUGAUGGAUAUCAAAGGAAAACCCUGGAUGAGUUCCGAAAGAAACACUCACCUAACCCAACAGAGGAGAAAUCAAAUUCAGACUCUAAUGGAAGGACUGUCUUUCUUAUUGGAGUUGUAAUGUCCAUUGGUAUGUUCAUUCGGCCGACAUUUGCAGCAUUUAGUGUCGGCCCAAUCCUCUGGCUUGUUGGCACUGCAUUGAUGAGUGGAGAUGGCGCAGUAUCUUACCUGUUUCUCAUGAGUUUUGGUGCCUUGGUUCCAUCUAUAUUGAUGGUCCUUGUGGACACUGCCUACUACUCUGACAUGACCGUCGUGGAUAUAUUGAGCAGGUUCAGACAAUGUGUCAUAACAUCUGGUAAUGUGGCCAAGUGCUGGGAGGAAUAUUUCUCCAUGUUUAUUGUGACUCCCUGGAAUUUCCUCAAGUACAACUCGGACCCUGACAAUUUAUCUGUGCAUGGCCACCAUCCCUAUUACACACACUUACUGAUCAACAUCCCUCUCUUACUGGGGCCUGCGGUUGUGUUGAUCCUUGUUGAACUCUACAGGUUCUGUAUGCGGCGGUCAACUUCGUAUAACUCUACCCCCCUGUGUUUCCUCACCCCUCCCAUUCUGAUUCUGUCCCUGUUUCCCCACCAGGAGCCCCGGUUUCUCCUCCCGCUCCUGCCCCUGGGGGUAAUUCUCUAUGUUUCUUCCAUAAAUAGAAUCGGACACAGGAACGUGUUCUUAUUUCUUUGGUGUGUAUUCAACCUAAUUGGUUUGUUGUUCUAUGGAUUUCUUCACCAGGGAGGAGUUAUCCCCCUUUUGUCAUACAUUGAGAAAAAUUUAAAUAAUCCUAGUCCUCUUUUCACAAACGAGGACACCUUUUUCUUUUUCCACACCUACAUGCCUCCCCGAUCUCUACUGCUCAGUCACACCUCUGUAGAACAACUUGUGGACCUACAGGGAUCCCCAAUAGAGGAUCUGGUCGCUGCCGUGAAAUCCCAAAAAACCUGCUGCAGCUAUUUAGCCAUACCAGGCACCAUGAUGGAGGAAUUCGUGCAUCAGAGAAUCAGUUUUGAUGUCAUUCAAGCAUUUCCUUUUCACCUGUCCAUGGAGGAUCCUCCAUCUUAUGAUGUAGUUAAAGAAGUAUGGCAGAAUUUCUCUGAUAGGGCCUAUUAUGACAAGCUUUUUGAGUCAAUGUCACUUUUUCUUCUAAAAAUGAAAAAUUAAUUUGAUUCUUGUUUGAAUUAAAUAUUUUGAUUUGUUUUAGCAUUGUUCAAAAUACAUGUAGUGUUUUUAACAAUGACAUCUCUGAUAUUAGGCAGUGUAUGUUUUAUACACAACCUCAAAAAGUGUGAUUUAGCUUUGCAUAAUCUUUAUAGAACUUUUUGUUAUUUUUGUGUUUUUUUUGUAUUGGAUUGUUUUUAUAACUUGUGUUUUUACGUAGCUGUGCAUAAUUAAUGAUAUUAUUGCUGCAAUACUCACUUAGAGGAAAUCUUUUGCUUUCUACAUGUUCUAUGCUAUGUUAAGUCCCUUGAGAUUGGUAAUUAUAUGUUUGAAUUCAUUUUCCGUCACCUGUUUAUAGCCAUACCUAUUGAGUGCAUGGAGUUUACGACAAGGUCAAGGUCAAUGCUGCUGAUUGUGAAUGUCAAGGUCAACUAUAAAUGGUAUUGAUCAUAAUAUUCCAGCUGUCAUAAGCAUAUCAUAUACAUUUUUUAAUUUUACAUUUUGUUGUAAGUAGAAUUAUGAUAAUAUCUACCUGUAAAAACAGAAACAUCUUUGCUCCCUCAGCCUUUGUUGUAUACCUGUAUCUCAUGAAGUUAUAAAGUGCAAUUUUAUUUUAAUAUGUAUAUUGUUUAUUUAUACGCUCUAUUACUUAAGAAAAUAAUUAGCAAUAUCAAAAAGUUCACUAGGAUAUGAACUUCGUUGGUCACAUUAUCAAAUCCUGCGAAACCUGUGAAGCAUGAAGGGCUUCUCAAAGAUCUGAUCAGGUUUCAGUUUAAAAUCUAACAGCUGUUAUGCAUUUCCAUUUUGGAGGUGUAUAAACUUUACAAUUAUUAUUCAUGUUUGUAACAAACACUUACAAGAAAUACACUAAUGUAAAUGUGAGGUAUGGUAUGUAAUUAUAUUACAUUGUAUUACAUAUAACUGUGAAGUAUGGUUACCAUAGGUAAUUACAUGACAUUGUCUUACAUGCAAUUGUGAGUUAUGAUAGGUAAUUACAUUGUAUUAUGUGUAACUGUGAUUGUAUGGUAGGUAAUACAUGAGUUGUAUUACAUGUAACUGUGAAGUAUGGUAGGUAAUUACAUUACAUUAUAUUACAUGUAACUUUAGAUACAUGGUUGGAAAUUACAUAGUUUGUAUAACACGUUUUUAUCAACAUUUACCUUGGGGUUAGAUUUUUACCUGCAUAUAGCAAUAUAUAACAGGCAGCAGAGAUAAAGAUUAUAUCUUAGCAUAAUCUAAUCUAAGAUUAAUGUCAAGUCUUGGUUUAGAUGGUAGGAGAUUGUGAUUAUACAGUACAUAUGAUAUAGUGUAUCUUAGAAUGCUUUUUGUGCUCUUUAAAAUGCUGAUUUAAAACAACAUGUAAUAACUAGUAGUAACUACAUGUAAAUAAGGUCAAGAUCUAGUAAAUGAUUCCAGGGUGUCUUUUUGGUGCUAGAACCAUUAUGACGUCAUAAUUGAUUUGAAGAAUCUUUUUCCCGUACUUUACGGCUUUAAGAAAUUAUGUAGAAAACUAAACAAUUUCUUGGCAUUUUAUGUUAAAUCAUGGGAAAAGUAAUCCCGAUACCUAUAUUCAUUUUGACAUCAUUAUAAAGAGGAUGUCAAGAGCUUGUUUAAGUUUGUUUUUAGCUCACCUGAGCUGAAAGCUCAAGUGAGCUAUUCUGAUCACAUUUUGUCUGUCGUCCGUCUGUCCGUCUGUCCGUCUGUCUGUCUGUCCGUCUGUCCGUCUGUCCGUAAACUUUUCACAUUUUCAACAUCUUCUCAAGAACUACUUGGCCAAUUUCAACCAAACUUGGCACAAAUCAUCCUUAGGCAAAGGGGAUUCAAAGUUGUGAAAAUUAAGGGCCACACCCGUUUUCAAGGGGAGAUAAUUAGAAAUUAAUGAAAAAUUUCGAGAAAUUUUCAAAAAUCUUCUUCUCAAGAACCAGAAAGCCAGGAAAGCUGAAACUUGUGUGGAAGCAUCCUCAGGUAGUGUAGAUUCAAAGUUGUGAAAUUCAUGACCCCCGGGGGUAGGGUGGGGCCACAAUGGGGGGUUGAAGUUUUACAUAGGAAUAUAUAGAGUAAAUCUUUAAAAAUCUUCUUCUCAGAAACUAAACAGCCAGGAAAGCUGCAACUUGUGUGGAAGCAUCCUCAGGUAGUGUAGAUUCAAAGUUGUGAAAUUCAUGACCCCCGGGGGUAGGGUGGGGCCACAAUGGGGGUUGAAGUUUUACAUAGGAAUAUAUAGAGUAAAUCUUUAAAAAUCUUCUUCUCAGAAACUAAACAGCCAGGAAAGCUGAAACUUGUGUGGAAGCAUCCUCAGGUAGUGUAGAUUCAAAGUUGUGAAAAUCAUGACCCCUGGGGGUAGGGUGGGGCCACAAUGGGGGGUCGAAGUUUUACAUAGGUAUAUAUAGAGUAAAUCUUUAAAAAUCUUCUUCUCAGAAACUAAACAGCCAGGAAAGCUGAAACUUGUGUGGAAGCAUCCUCAGGUAGUGUAGAUUCAAAGUUGUGAAAAUCAUGACCCCUGGGUGUAGGAUGGGGCCACAAUGGGGGGUCGAAGUUUUACAUAGGAAUAUAUAGAGUAAAUCUUUAAAAAUCUUCUUCUCAGAAACUAAACAGCCAGGAAAGCUGAAACUUGUGUGGAAGCAUCCUCAGGUAGUGUAGAUUCAAAGUUGUGAAAUUCAUGACCCCCGGGGGUAGGGUGGGGCCACAAUGGGGGUUGAAGUUUUACAUAGGAAUAUAUAGAGUAAAUCUUUAAAAAUCUUCUUCUCAGAAACUAAACAGCCAGGAAAGCUGAAACUUGUGUGGAAGCAUCCUCAGGUACAGUAGAUUCAAAGUUGUGAAAAUCAUGACCCCUGGGGGUAAAGUGGGGCCACAAUGGGGGGUCGAAGUUUUACAUAGGUAUAUAUAGAGCAAAUCUUUAAAAAUCUUCUUCUCAGAAACUAAACAGCCAGGAAAGCUGAAACUUGUGUGGAAGCAUCCUCAGGUAGUGUAGAUUCAAAGUUGUGAAAAUCAUGACCCCUGGGUGUAGGAUGGGGCCACAAUGGGGGGUCGAAGUUUUACAUAGGAAAAUAUAGAGUAAAUCUUUAAAAAUCUUCUUCUCAGAUACUAAACAGCCAGGAAAGCUGAAACUUGUGUGGAAGCAUCCUCAGGUAGUGUAGAUUCAAAGUUGUGAAAUUCAUGACCCCCGGGGGUAGGGUGGGGCCACAAUGGGGGUUGAAGUUUUACAUAGGAAUAUAUAGAGUAAAUCUUUAAAAAUCUUCUUCUCAGAAACUAAACAACCAGGAAAGCUGAAACUUGUGUGGAAGCAUCCUCAGGUACAGUAGAUUCAAAGUUGUGAAAAUCAUGACCCCUGGGGGUAGGGUGGGGCCACAAUGGGGGGUCGAAGUUUUACAUAGGAAAAUAUAGAGUAAAUCUUUAAAAAUCAUCUUCUCAAAAACUAAUCAGCCAGGAAAGCUGAAACUUGUGUGGAAGCAUCCUCAGGUAGUGUAGAUUCAAAGUUGUGAAUCAUGAUCCCUGGGGGUAGGGUGAGGCCACAUUGUGGGGGGGGGGUGUUAAAAUUUUACAUAGAAAUAUAUAGAGUAAAUCUUUAAAAAUCUUCUUCUCAGAAACUAUUCAGCCAGGAAAGCUGAAACUUUUGUGGAAACAUCCUCAGGCAGUGUAGAUUCAAAGUUGUGAAUCAUGAUCCCUGGGGGUAGGGUGGGGCACAAUGGGGGGGGGGGGGUGAAGUUUUACAUAGGAAUAUAUAGAGUAAUAUUUUAAAAUCUUCUUCUCAGAAACUAAACAGCCAGGAAAGCUGAAACUUGUGUGGAAGCAUCUUCAGGUAGUGUAGAUUCAAGUUGUGAAAAUCAUGAUCCCUGGGGGUAGGGUGAGGCCACAUUGGGGGGGGGGGUGUUAAAGUUUUACAUAGGGAUAUAUAGAGCAAAUCUUUAAAAAUCUUCUUCUUAGAAACGGAUCAGCAAGAUGAUUCUUUAUAAUUGUUAAGACUUUGGCUCCAGGACAAUUCUUCGGCCUCACAAGAAGGUUCAGAGUUUGAUGCAGCUAAAUAUCCCAUAUAUAAACAAUUGAAAAGGAUCUUUUAGAAAACUGCAAUACUCAACAUGUGAUAUGACUAUAAAAUUGAGGCAGGCAGCUAUUUUUUCAUUAAAAUCUUUUUGUAUUACUGUAUUGAGUUAUUGCCCUUGAUUUAUUGAUUCUUGAUUAUUUUAAUUAAUGCAUCCACUGUUAACCAAUUAUUGUGAUGAUUAUUUUUAUACAAUAAUAAAUAUUCAAUGUGUUUAAGUUGUUCUGCAUAAGUAGUUUUGGGUUAGGCCGGAUUAGUUAGUUUAUUUUUGAUUUCCAAUUUUUAGAUACUAUGAAUUAUUUUAGGCUGGCACAUAUAUAGGGACAGUGUCUCUUGCAUUACAAUGUGCGAUUGUUUGGGGUUAAACUUGAACAGUUACAGAUAGAUUGAGUGUGUGGACACCCAUGCUCUAUCUAAUCUUCGUGUUUUCUAGCCUAUGACACAGAGUGUGCGCUCUUUCCUGCCCUGUAUCGCUUAAAUACAAGUGUGUGGUCAUACUUGCUUGUGGUGGAUGUGGCGGAGCACUAGUAAAUGGUCAUCUCUGCUAGAGUUCUGGCCUUUCUAGCGCAAGUGUGCGGCACUCCCUGCUUGCGUUAUGUUGAGCUGUUGGCGCAAGUGUGUGGUCAUUCCUGCUUGUGUUAACGUUGGUACCUGUUGAGUUGCGUAGGUGUGCGGACAUCCCUGCCUGCGUAACGUUGAGUCCCUAUACAUGUGCAGGAGAGGUAAUUAAAGU